UUCCGGCGGGGCCUCGGGCGGCGGCACCGGCGGCACCGGCGGCACCGGCAGCAGCGGCACCGGGCGGCCAUGGAGUACGUGACCGCCGAGCAGCUGGCCGGCUUCAGCAAGUACAAGGGCUGCGUUUGUCCUUCGUGGAAGGGGUCGGCGUGUGGCAGCAGCACAGCGGGUCACCUCAGAAGGUGGCUCACGUUGAAUACGUACCCAAAGAACAGCGUACCUGGGACGCUGCUAUGACGAGCGACCGCUCCGAGGUGGGACCAUCCGCAAAGGUGAUGGAUGCGUGGUGAGAACCAAACCCUCUGCGGGAAGACUCCACCGGUUCCUGCUGCAAAUGACUCUGCCGCAGCCUUUGAGCUGUGCCCGGCAGGAGCUCUCCAGCCCGCACGCGUACAGCGCCGUGGACAGCAACCCCCUGUCUCUGUACGUCAUGCAUCCCUUCUGGAACACAGUAGUGAAGCUCCCGAUCACCAGCACGUUCCGAGCGGAGUGUGGAUCAUUGUGGGUCUGCUCAACUUCAUGGCCUACACGUUAGAUGGCGUGGAUGGGAAACAGGCUCGCCGGACCAACUCCAGCACGCCCCUGGGAGAGCUCUUCGACCACGGCCUGGACAGCUGGGCCUGCGUGUACUUUGUCGUGACGGUUUACUCCACCUUCGGACGGGGCUCCACGGGUGUCAGUGUCUUCGUUCUCUACCUCCUCUUAUGGGUGGUCUUGUUUUCAUUCAUCCUCUCCCACUGGGAGAAGUAUAACACAGGGAUUCUCUUCCUGCCCUGGGGAUACGACAUCAGCCAGGUGACCAUUUCAAUUGUCUACAUAGUGACAGCCGUUGUGGGAGUUGAGGCCUGGUAUGCACCUUUCCUGUUUAAUUUCUUAUAUAGAGACCUAUUCACUACAAUGAUUAUUGCUUGUGCGCUCACCGUGACGCUGCCCAUGAGCCUCUACAACUUCUACAAGGCCUAUAAAAACAACACCUUGAAGCACCACUCUGUGUAUGAGAUCAUGCUGCCGCUGGUGUCCCCAGUGUUGCUCUUCCUGCUCUGCACCACGUGGAUCUUCAUGUCCCCCACAGACAUCCUGGAGGUCCAUCCCAGGCUCUUCUACUUCAUGGUUGGAACAGCCUUCGCUAACAUUUCUUGCCAACUGAUCGUCUGUCAGAUGAGCAGCACGCGCUGCCAGCCUCUCAACUGGAUGCUGCUCCCCAUCGCGGCCGUGCUGGCCGUGGUGCUGGCCGGGCUCGCGCCCAACAGCGAAACGCUUCUCCUCUACCUGCUCACCGCUUUCCUCACCCUGGCGCACAUCCACUACGGGGUGGUCGUGGUGAGCCAGCUGAGCAGGCACUUCAAUAUACGGCCCUUCUCGCUAAAGAAGCCCACGCCAGAUUGACUAGGAGUGGAAGAAGAGAAAAUCGGCUUGCGAUCCGCAGAAGUACUGUAAAUAACUGCUGCAAAUACCUGUAAAUAACUUCAACCAUCGCCACAGAUCUAAACCGAUCCUCUGGACAGACAUCAGGGCAAAGUCCGCACGGUACCCGGUGCAGCCGGGCAGGACUGGUACGGCGCAGCCUCCGCUGCUCUUCGAUGAAUGCAAACUGUCGUUUUUUGGUGAAACUGGACAAGGAGGGGUAGCCUUUCGGGUCACUAUUACUGUAUAUUAGACCAGCUGAAUGUUCCCAGUGAAACCUCAAACUGCAGCUCUCGCUCAGGUGAAGCCGGUUGGGGGUGCAAAUGGCUUUACCUGAGCGAAGCGUCGUGAUCUGUCACCGAACCCAACGGAACAGCUGAUGUGUGCAGGGUCAGGGGAACGUCCCGGCGCUCGGGGGGUCCUGUCUGUCCCUAAUCCUGCGAGACAGCCCCGGUCCCGGCUUCGGGAGCAGAUGGGGACAGUUCUCCCACCCUCUCCGGUCUCUGCCUUCCUGCACUCACCUAUUCGGGGAAAUACUUGCGCCUCUUAUUUUUUUUUUUAAAGAAGAACACACAAAAAAAUCCUAGUAAUAUUCUACUUGUUGGGCUUAGAAACACCAGGGCUCAGCUUCCUGUAACAGGGGGAAGGCGGCUGCUGGCUCCCCAGCUCAAGCUGUGGGUACCCAGGACCACAUCUUGGCCGCGUUCCUGUCCGUCUGUCUGUGUUCCCCGCCUGGGAGGGGGCUCAGCGGCAGAAAUUGGUUUACACCAGCCUGCCCCCCUUCCCACCAGGAUGAACUCGCUGUUUCGGGUCAUUAGGCGCUGCCUGAGCCGGGCUGGGGCCGCACAUCCCCCUUCCAUCCACCGCCCACCCAGGGCAGCAAGUUCCCCGCGUGGAGAAGCACCUUAAGUGUCGUGUGUGCACCUUCCGAGAGUCACGGGCGCGCGUCGCGGGGUCCUUUCCAGAUACCGCUUUUGUUUUCGCAGGCGGCGUCCUCGGCGGCUGCACGUCUCAUCCAGGGAUAGAUGUGUUUACUGUGCGUUUGUAACAGACAUGUUUGCAUUGAUUUAUUUUUUUUUUAAUUAAUUAGUUUUUGUAAUUGAGUUAGAGUGGGGUGGUGAAGACCGAAUGCUGAUUUUCUUUUCUAUUCGCUUUAUUUAAUGAAGACCUGUGCUUGAAUGAAGAGUGUAGCUUAAACCCAGGCUCUGGAACGGCUGCAUCCCGAAGCGAACAAGCACAGCAGAUUGUGCAUAUGUAUAAUCUACCAUGGGAACAAAGUCGCUUAUACACUGAUGAUUGUGCAACGUGGCUCGUAGACGCUUGGUCGCUGCGUUUUCCUCCGGCAGGUGAAGGCUCCUCCUGCUUCGGGAAACCUUCCAACUGUAACUACUAUUUAAUGCUUUGUGUUUUCUUUUGUAAAUCGGCAUCGUUGUCGCGCAGACGAUGAGGCUUGAAACGCUGCUGGGUCACGGUACGUCCUGCGGGGCCGGCGCCUCAGCCGGGAGAGGGGACAAGCGGGUUCCAGAGUUUCUUUGAUAAAGUAGCUUACUCCUAUUUUACUGAUGUUGUACAGAGAAAAAAAAACAAACAGUGUACAAACGAA